AUGUCUGUGACACUGGUCGUUCCAAGGGAGUACAGGGUUGUCGUGGCCGUCGGCUUGUCCACGGUCUUCCUGGCUAGUUACCAUGGCUUUGUCACUAGUUAUUUCCGGAGACGAGCAAAUAUUCGACAUCCACAAUGUUAUGCAGAUCCCAAACAAAUGAGUGACGAUAUCAACGCUCUCAAAUUUACAUGCGCUCAACGCGCCCACCAAAACAUGUUGGAAACUUUACCUAUCAUCUUAUUUGGCCUAGCCUGGUCCGGCCUCUAUUAUCCUGUCACCACCUCUGCUCUCGGGGUAGGAUGGAUCAUUAGUCGCGUUAUUUAUUUGAAAGGAUAUACUUCCGGGACUCCAGAGAAGCGAUUACCGGGGUUCCAAAUUGCCUCUACGUUUCUAUUCUGUAUCGUCGGGCUUGGUCUUUAUUCCAGCUUUAAAACCUACUUUGGUCAAUGGUAG